AUGAGCCUGCGCCUGCCUCUUCGGGAAUUCAACUUCGCUAUCAUCUUCACCGCCUACGCCCCACCGAUGACCUACUCUGAUGAAGCGAAGACAAAAUUAUACGAGGAUGGGUACGCCCUUCUGACGUCUGUGCCGAAGGAGGACAGGAUGGUUGUUCUUGGCGACUUGAACACACCUGUCAGGACAGACCGCGUUGACUGGUUUGAUGAAAACGGCGCAGCCAUCAGCAACCUGUUCGCCAAAAGGAAGAGGUUGCGCAGAGCCUACCUCGAUUGUCCAAUCGAUGCGAACAAGGCGACCUCCUACCAAUGUCGCCGCCUUGUGCAGAAACAACUGCGAGGAAAUGCAGGACACCUGGAUGGCUCACAAGGUCGGGAAAAUUCAGGGGUAUGGUGA